AGUACUUUUGGGACGAGGAUUCAAGGUGAGGCUUUAGACCUGCGUGACCGCAUCCUUUGUGAUUUAGUGGUACUUCGAAAUUACAUAAAAGGCGAUGUCUGAGGUGUUAACUAGUCGAACUCGAUUCGAUAAAUUUCAAAUUCUCUGGAGUGGUCUUGGGGUUUUGAGGCUCUCGUUUUUUCUGUCUGGCUUUUAAGCAUUUGUGACAGGAGGAAAAAAGGCUUUAUCCUUCCUGUCUCAUUUUGCAUGGCUUCUACUCUUCCCAUCUUACAAUCACACUGCUUCAUUUUCUAGAUCGAUUGAGGACCUUUGGAGACAUGAUGAAAUGUGCUGUCAAUGUAUUACUUGUUUCAUCGACCCCAAGUCAUUCUUUUGGGCUUAAAAGACACAGACGAUCUUAUAUCAUGCUAAACUGGAAGAGUUUGAAACAUGGAAUCAGUAGUAUCUCAGGAAGGAAAUAUCUUCCUCCUUGGUUCAGCGUCGCUCCGAUGAUGGACUGGACGGAUAAUCACUACAGGACGCUUGCACGACUUAUCUCAAAACAUGCAUGGCUCUAUACAGAAAUGAUUGUUGCUGAAACAAUUGUCCAUCAAAAGGAAAAUUUGGAUAGAUUCUUGGCUUUUUCCCCAUCUCAACACCCUAUCGUACUUCAAAUCGGUGGGAGUAACCUCGAAAACCUUGCAAAAGCAACUGAAUUGGCAAAUUCCUAUUCUUACGACGAAAUCAACCUCAAUUGUGGUUGCCCCAGUGGUAAAGUAGCCGGCCAUGGCUGCUUUGGAGUGCAGCUUAUGUAUAAUCCAAAGUUUGUUGGUGAGGCUAUGUCGGCAAUUGCUGCAAAUUGCAGUGUUCCUGUUAGUGUAAAAUGCCGAAUUGGGGUUGAUGAUCGUGAUACAUACGAUGAACUCUGUGAUUUUGUCUAUACGGUGGCAACUCAUUCUCCAACUAGACAUUUCAUAAUACAUUCUCGAAAGGCCCUUUUGAAAGGUCUGAGUCCUGCAGAGAAUCGGACGGUUCCUCCUUUGAAAUAUGAGUAUUUCUUUGGCCUGCUACGUGACUUCCCUGAACUUCAAUUUACAAUCAAUGGAGGCAUCACUUGCAUUGAUGAGGUUCAUGCAGCACAAUUGCAAGGAGCCCAUGGUGUGAUGGUUGGACGUGCUGCCUAUAAUAAUCCUUGGUCAACUCUGGGUCUCGUUGAUGCUGCUGUAUAUGGGAUGCCGAAUAGCUCUCUCUCGCGCCGCCAGAUUCUAAAAGAAUUUCAAGUCUAUGGCGAUUCAUUUUUGGAGAAAUAUGGACCAAAUAAGCCAAGCAUUCGGCAGGUAAUUAAGCCUUUGCUCAAUAUUUUCCAUUCCGAACCAGGCAAUGGUCUAUGGAAACGCAAAGCAGAUGCCGCCAUCCGCCGGUGCACGACUCUGAAUUCUUUUCUUGAAGAGACCCUGGAUGCCAUACCAGACCAUGUCUUGGAUGCACCUCCCUUAAACAAGAAGCCAUCAGAAUCUGAUGCCUUUGCGGGAAUACAUGAACUGCUGCCUUCUCCCUUUGGGAGGAGAGAAUUGAAGGUGUCCAAUUGCAAAAUUAUUUUUUAAAAAAUUGUUUAAGAGGCAUAGUAGAAUGGUACCCCGGACAUCAUGUUGUGGCUUCACCACCCUAACCAUCUAGGCCUUGGGCCCAUUCCUGCCCAUAACUAGUGCUUUCUAUAAAACAUGGAAAUGUAUUUUUGGGGAGUGUAAUACAGCAACAUUGUGUGAUGCAUGUAUAAAGCCCUGUGUUUUGCAAACAUGGAUUAGAAUGUGUUCAUGAUUUUGCUUU